UCUGCCCACCGUCUCUUUUGUUGCUAGGAUCGUAACUCGUCACAGCUAGGCUAACGCUAGCGACCAGUGUUAAUUGGAAUAAAUUUACGACUUUCAGCAUUAGAACAGAAACAUGGGGAAAAAACAUAAGAAGCAUAAACCGGAAUGGAGAACAGUUGACGACUAUGAGGACAAAGCUCUUGAGAAGCCUUUGAAGCUUGUGCUCAAAGUUGGAGGAAGCGAAGUGACUGAACUCUCUGGGUCCGGCCAUGACUCCAGCUACUACGAUGACAGAUCAGACCACGAGCGAGAACGUCACAAAGAAAAGAAGAAAAAGAAGAAGAAAAAGUCUGAAAAGGAUAAAGACAAAUAUGUAGAUGAUGAGGAGAGAAGGCGAAGAAAGGAGGAGAAAAGGAAGAAGAGGGAGCGGGAGCAGAGUGAAUCAGAGGCGGCAGCUGUGACUGUUGCUAGUAGUAGUAGUGGUGGUGGUGCUGGACCUGUUGAACCAUUCACACUGUCAAAAAGUAUUGGAUUGGAGCCAGAAGAGAAAAAGAAGAAGAAAGAAAGGUUUGAAAUAGAGCCCGAAGGGGAGGAGUUUCACCCCACUGUGAAGGUGGACGUAGAACAACCAGGAGACAGGCCAGUCAGAGCUUGCCGGACACAGCAAGAGAAUGAGUCCACACCACGGCAACAGCUGCUAGAACACUUUCUGAGGCAGCUGCAGAGGAAAGAUCCCCAUGGGUUCUUUGCAUCUCCAGUAACAGAUGCAAUCGCUCCUGGUUACUCAAUGAUCAUCAAACAUCCUAUGGACUUCAGCACCAUGAAAGACAAGAAUAGAAAAAAUGACUAUAAAACAGUAACAGAAUUUAAGGCUGAUUUUAAACUGAUGUGUGACAAUGCCAUGGUAUACAACCGACCAGAGACUGUCUACUACAAGGCUGCAAAGAAAUUGCUUCACACAGGAUUCAAGAUGAUGAGCAAGGAACGGCUUUUGGCUCUGAAACGCAGCAUGUCAUUCAUGCAGGACAUGGAUUUUACCCAGCAAGCAGCCAUUUUGGGGGAUGAAGACCUGACAGCUGACAUUCCUCCUCCAGAGACAAUCCACAUUCCAAUGGAAUCUCCAAGGAAGCCCAGGAAACAGCCAGCCAAGGACAUGAAGGAAAUCAGUUACCUGUAUGAACCAGAGGGAAACGCAUGCAGCUUGACUGACAGCACAGCAGAGGAGCAUGUUCUGGCACUGGUUGAACAUUCUGCAGAUGAAGCUCACGACCGCAUCAACAGAUACAUGCCAAACUCCAAGGUUUUACACUUUGAACACUUUUUAUACAAUCCAGUUGUAUCCAAUGUUUACACAAGUUAUAGCUCUUUUUUAUUAUUAGAGCUGACAGCUUUUAAAGCGUUUAAUUUACUCAGUGUUUUGCUUUUUCAGAUGGGGUAUUUGCGUAAGGAGUCUGACAGUUCUCUUUUGUAUACUGUUGUAAAUCAACUCGAUCCUGAUGCAGAAGAUGAAGAGACCCAUAAAGUGGAUCUAAGUUCUCUGUCAAAUAAGCUUCUUCCUGGGUUAACAACCCUGGGCUUUAAAGAUGACAGGAGACACAAAGUGACCUUUCUUAGCAGUGCCUACAACGUCCAGAGCCUCCAGAAGAACUCUGUCUUUGCAGACUUGUUACCUGAUGAGAUGGACAUGCUCUAUUCAGCCUAUGGAGAUGACACAGGGGUUCAGUGCGCUUUAAGUAUACAGGAGUUUGUCAAGGGCUGCAGCGGUGUCACCAAGCAUUGGGUUGACGGGCUCCUGGACAAGAUGACCGCAGGCGAUCACACAAAAUCUGUCAAUCAGAUACGACAGAAGAGAAAUAUAAUGCUGAAACCUGACGAAACCAAGUCGAACAUCUGUGACAUGCAGAUGGCAGACGGAGCUGGCCUGGGAGAGGGGAGUUCGGUGCUGGAUUUCAUGUCAAUGAAGACUUAUCCAGAUAUGUCUCUCGAUAUCACCAUGCUUAACUCAUUAGGCAAAACUGUGAAAAAAGAGCCAGGUAAUGAGGAGGGCCAGCAGCCUUUUGAUGAUGCUGAUAAACUCCUGCAGGAGUUCCAAGAAGCACAGGUGGACAGAGUUGGCUCCAGACCCUCAUCCAACCUGUCCUCACUCUCUAAUGCCUCCGAGAGGGACCAGCACCACUUAGGGAGCCCAUCUCAUCUGGGUGUUGGAGACCAGUCUGAAAUGGUUCAUGAUCCCUAUGAGUUCCUGCAAUCUCCAGAGCCAGAGAACACGGCCAACGGCUGACCACACACUGCCGCACUGUUAUCCUGUUGCUAACCACUCUGGCUACUCUGUUAUGGACUGUUGAAUUGCAGUGAAGAAAGCAGGAGCCUCAGACCUUUGUUAAAGACUGAACAUAAGUGUACAGACUAGUGUGAUUGUGUGUUUUUGUAUGAGUUGCAGCACUUGAAAAAUAAAUGUUUGUGCCUGUG